GCAGUGAUGAGUAAGUUCUUUGUCCGCACUUGACAUGCAUGUACGUGCGUGCUGUAUAUGCUGAUCUUAAGAUUGUGAUCCGCCAUCCAUGUCACACAUCAUAGCAGCUUGUGCUUGUAGGUCUCCAAAAGGGGAGUAAAAAUAACGUAAUAUUAGACCUUUUUAACCUAGUGCAAAUGACCAUGGUUGCCUAAUUUCAGGGAGAAGACACUGGAACUAUCGCCCUUGUCUGAGAAGAUGAACAGAACCCGGAACAUACGAGAGACGCAGCAAGAAGAAUUCGAACAACAAAGAGAGGAAGUGGACAAAUAUUGGGUAUUGAGGGAACUUCCAGAAACACCUACAAAAAUUGUGGAGGCUUUCAAGAAGGCACUGCUUAGUAUCGAUGUGCUGAAAAAUAAGAAUGCUUUAUUGUUCAUUUCGGACGUCAUGGACAUCUCCGUUGAAGAAAUCUCGAUUUUAAAGCCCAUUUUUUAUGGGAUAAGAGAUAGGAAUGAACCGUAUAAAAUUGUAUGGAUCCCAAUAGUGGAGCAUUCGACCGAUGACAUGCAAGCGAAGUUCGAGAUGUUGCAGUCCAACAUGCCGUGGUACAUAUUGCAGCGUUUUCCACCAACAGUAGCAGACAUCCAGAUCGUUACGAAUGAAUAUCGCAGCUUAAAGAAUAAGCCUAUCGUCGUGGUGAUAAACCCACAAGCGAAGGUGGAGCAUCCAAAUGCUCUCCGCAUGAUUCGGCUAUGCGGAAUGAAGGCCUUCCCUUUCACGGCCGAAGCUGAAAAAGCGAUAAUGCCUAAAGGAAUUCAUUAUAAAUCUAAGGGGUCCACAUCCCAGACAGUGGCCCGAGGCAGGAUAACAAGAAUUACACUUUCAAGUGCUAUAUAUGGAAUUGCCAACACCAGCUUGGAGAAUCUAGCAAGUAACAGUGGAUGGGUUGAGCUCUGCAAAGGUACUCAUGGCGAGAUAGUAGUCAAGGAUCAGGGGACAACAAUUUUGAAGGUCUUGGAGAAGUUUGAUGAUUGGAAAAAUUCUGUGAAUCAGUUUGGCUUCGAUGAAUGUUUCGAGGAUUACUACAUGAGGCGCCUACCAGGAAAUUGA